UUGGGGAGAAUUCCCAGCCGACUUACUAAAAAGUGUCCUGUCUUCUUCGUCGUGACAGGCUUUCCCGCCAGACGGCCGACGAGGAGCGUCGGGCCUCGGGCAAAAAACGCACUCCAACAAGACCCCAACUCGACGCUGCCCGCGAGGUUGUUGCGCUUCAACUCGUCUGCCGCCUCGUUGGGCCACUGCUUGAAUGGCUGCGAGUAUCUACGCGCUGUCACCAUGCCAACAGGUGCUUCUACUGGCUCGUUGGACUCGGCCAAGCCGAGAGGGGCGGCUGACGCGUCGACGUCGGGGAGCAGACGAAGCCCUGCCUCAUCGAGUCAAGACGCAUUCUCUCGACAAACCGAGCUCAAACGCGUCGUGGGCAGAAACGCCAACGUUCCGGCAUCGGCUGCCGCCGGAAAGGAGGCAAGAAAGCCCAGCUCAAAGUCCUUCCGACUGCGACACUUCAGUCAGGAGCAAAAGCAGCAGCAGCGGGACUCGGACUCGCGAAACCACGUCCCUGCCUCCGGGUUUCAGGAGCGCCGUCGUCUCCGAGACGAAUAG